CUGACGCCGGGGCUGUGCCGCUGCUCCAGCUAACAGACGCUCCACACCUCCACAGCGCAAACAGCAGCGGGGCAGCCUACACACUCAACUACGGCAGAAGUGUCUGCGGGUCCCGACGAAGAUGACAGAAACCUUACAUCCGGCUGCCUGAGGAGAAGAAAAUAAGAAACACACGUUCUCCGUAGCGCGCGUUCUCCUGCUCCUGCAGCCCCCGACAGCGGAGUGACUGAGUGUGUUUGCUCUGUCUACGGCGCUCUUCCAAACCCCCACUCCUCCCCCCGUCCUCUCCCAACGAGAGCCCACCUCCACCCCCCCCCCCACCUCCUCCCCCCCGCCGGCUGCCCCAUGCACUCCACCACCUCCAUCACCUCCCUGUUCUCCUUCACCAGCCCGGCGGUGAAGAGGCUGCUGGGAUGGAAGCAGGGCGACGAGGAGGAGAAGUGGGCGGAGAAGGCGGUGGACUCGCUGGUGAAGAAGCUGAAGAAGAAGAAGGGGGCCAUGGAGGAGCUGGAGCGGGCGCUCAGCUGCCCCGGCCAGCCCAGCAAGUGCGUGACCAUCCCGCGCUCGCUGGACGGCCGGCUCCAGGUGUCCCACAGGAAGGGCCUCCCGCACGUCAUCUACUGCCGCGUGUGGCGCUGGCCCGACCUGCAGUCGCACCACGAGCUCAAGGCCCUGGACUGCUGCGAGUUCCCCUUCGGCUCCAAGCAGAAGGACAUCUGCAUCAAUCCCUACCACUACCGCCGGGUCGAGACCCCAGUGCUGCCCCCGGUGUUGGUCCCGCGUCACAGCGAGUUUAACCCCCAGCACAGCCUCCUGGCUAAGUUCCGUAACGCCUCCCUGCACAACGAGCCCCUGAUGCCCCAGAACGCCACGUACCCCGACUCCUUCCCCCAGCUGCCCUGCAACACCUUCACCUCCUCGCCCGCCGGGUCCUUCGUCCAGUCACCCAGCACUGUCAGCUACCCCAACUCCCCCAGCAGUGCCACCGACCCGGGGAGCCCCUACCAGAUGACCGCCGAGACUCCGCCCCCUCCCUACAGCAUGACGGAGACCACCGUCGCCACAGAGGACGUCAAGCCGGUAGACUCCGCCUCCAAACUCAUCUUCUCCGCCCCCCACAGAGCCGACCUGCGGCCGGUGUGCUACGAGGAGCCGGAGUACUGGUGCUCGGUGGCGUACUACGAGCUGAACAACCGGGUGGGCGAGACCUUCCACGCCUCCGCGCGCAGCAUCCUGGUGGACGGCUUCACCGACCCGUCCAACAACAAGAACCGCUUCUGCCUCGGCCUGCUGUCCAACGUCAACCGCAACUCCACCAUCGAGCACACGCGCCGCCACAUCGGCAAAGGUGUCCACCUGUACUACGUGGGCGGGGAGGUGUACGCCGAGUGCCUGAGCGACAGCAGCAUCUUCGUCCAGAGCCGCAACUGCAACUACCAGCACGGCUUCCACGCGACCACCGUCUGCAAGAUCCCCAGCGGCUGCAGCCUCAAGAUCUUCAACAACCAGCUGUUCGCCCAGCUGCUCUCCCAGUCCGUCAACCACGGCUUCGAGGUGGUCUACGAGCUCACCAAGAUGUGCACCAUCCGCAUGAGCUUCGUCAAGGGCUGGGGCGCAGAGUACCACCGGCAGGACGUCACUAGCACCCCCUGCUGGAUCGAGAUCCACCUGCACGGCCCACUCCAGUGGCUGGACAAGGUUCUGACCCAAAUGGGCUCGCCACACAAUCCCAUCUCCUCCGUGUCCUAACGGCCGCCAAAGUCACAGGGCCAGAGGGCCGGGCCGGAACUCUCCAGAAAAACCCUCCGGACACUAAACGUGACCUGACAGUCAUUUCAAUCGUAAACACUCUAACACAUUGGAAUAUGUUCUUGUGCAGCUAUGUAUCCUAAGUGUACCUGUUUUUUGUGUUUUUUUUUAUUUUGUAUUCUACUGCAUUCACAGAUCUGUAUAAUCUCUUGACACGAUGCUCAAAUAAGAAAACAAAAAUGGGAUUUUGAUUUUGGUACUCAUACGCUGUCUUACAUUACCAAACAUGGGCCUUGAAAGAAAGUGAAACAAAAUGGCAGGACUGAAGUCCAUUUUGUUUCAUUUUCUUUGAGGCUCGUGUUUCAUACCAAAGGGCAGCGCAUAAUAAUUUAUCAUUACGGAACACUCCAUGUAAGUCCAACUUUUGCU